AAGCGUUCGGUGCAGUAGUUUUGGCAAAGCCGGUUGUUGCCAUCAUGGAGGACGUUCUCAAACAAUCUGAUCAGCUGUUCGAUGCGUACAAAUUUCGCGAAUCGUACGAUCUACUGCUGAAGCAAACGGAUCGAAGCUACGAAAUUUUGUGGCGGUUGUGUCGUGUGAUAUAUUCAUUAUCGAGGGAGUUCGUCGACGAUGCAAGCAAAUCGAAACAGCUAGAAGCCCUUAUUUUCGAAGGAUUCGAUUACUCCAAAAAGGCAUUCGAGCUGGCACCGGAGCGUUCGGCCGCACACAAAUACUACGCAAUAUUUCUGGCAGAAAAGUCCGGCAUAGAUGGUUUAAAGGAGCGUGUCCUGCAGCUCAGCACGAUUCUGAAGCACCUCAAGAAAGCCACAGAGUUGGAUGCACAGGAUCCUUUUGCAUGGUUUGUACUGGGGCGGUUCUACCACAAGCUGGCCAGUUUGCCUUGGUUCCAGAAAAAGAUGAUUCACACCUUCACAAUUGACGUGCCGGAAGCAACGUUCGAGGAUGCGCUGCAGUGUUUCGAGAAGGCUGAAAAUGUGGCCCCAAACUUUUUUCCUCUGAACCAUCUAAUGCUGGGCGAGACGUACAUUGCGUUGAAGAAUGGCACCAAAGCACGACACUUUCUUGAACUAGCAGCCAACCAGACAGCACCACACACUGCCGACGAUCGAGAGGCACAGAAAACGGCAAAGGCAUUGCUUAAGAAGCUGUAGAUGAGGGAUGUGGCAUGUGCGGUAAAAUCUCAAUCACGCUCCUUAUCGCACCACGGGGCACAGGCAUUACCCGAAAACGGAUCUGUUACUGAAGGCUCUUUCGUGCGGGACGCACGUGGCGUUAAAAACUCACUGCCCGUUCAAGUACUUGGAAGAUAAGACAAUAAAAAUAAAAGGUGAACUCACACGAAAGUAUGAUAGCAUAAUCGCUAAUGGGAAUGCCAUUUGUCCUGUGAUUUAUGCAAUCCAUAGGUCUUUGUGAAAAGUUAAGGAAGGGUGGGUGGGUUGGAAAGAAGCGU